CCGAAACAUUAUACUCUUUUUUCUCUUAUAUUAUUCCUCUAAUAAUGGAUAUUUCUGAUCCUGAUUCUCCCUCUAAAGGGCGUCUUGGUUCUAUUCUCUUAAACAAAUGGGAUUACAUGGCUAAAAAAGAUAAAAAAAUGAAGUUUAUACCAAAGAUUAUUAAGACUCAGAAUAAUGGAGGAAGGGAUUUAUUAGAUGUAGAUGUAAAGAAGGAGGAACAACCAUUAUUAAUUGAACCAGAGGCAAAGAUGAUAUUAGAUGAUGAUCAGGUAGAGGACAAAGAUGUAGAGGUGAAGAGUGAGGAGUCGAGAGAUGAUAAUUAUAGAGGACCAAUAUUAAUGGAAUCAUCAUUAUCUAGUAUGAGAAGUCAAGGAAGAAGGGAAGUUUUUAGGAGGGAAAUGGAAUUGGAAGAAGAAAAGGAAUUUUCAGAAAGUGAUGAAGAGGGCGUUUUUAAAAUAAAUAUGGAGAAACUGAAUAAAUUAACAAAUAAAGAUGUAAAUAAUAUGAUGUAUCCGGUAUCAUUACUUUAUAUGGAAUGUAAAGAGGGUAUUAUGAAUUUUGAAGAAAGGGAAUUGGAUAAAUUGUUAAAAGAACAAGAUAAAAAUGAAGAUCAGAGGGUUUUAAAUGAUAAAUCAAAUGGGGAGUUUAAAUCUAUUGAGAAUGAUUCUUUAAGAUUUGAAAUUGAAAAAAAUGUAUCUAAAACUACAUCAUCAUAUCCUAUAAAUAAAAAAAUGAAAAAAAAAUACAGCAAAUCGAUGUCAGUGGAGGAAGAGCGAGAAAAGGAGAAGCUUUUAGAUGAUUUCAAAGUAUUUACACAUUAUUUUAUUGAUAAAUUAUCAGGUGAUAUGAAGAAUUCAAAUGAAUUACUUUUCUUUCAAUUUCCACCUGUAUUACCGGUAUUAUUGAAAACUCAAAAUACGAAGGAUGAAAUUCCAGAAAUUAAGAUUGAAAAUAAAGAUAAUAUGAAUAUUGAUUCUGAACAAAAUAUUCCUCAUAAAACUACGUCAUUGGAUUAUACUGUUUCAGAUCAUGAUAAAUUAUCAGGAAUGUUUUCAUUGCCAGAUUCUGAGGAAUUUAAUACAUUUAAACAAUAUCUUCCUGAUGGAUGUGUUGGACAAUUAAAAAUUCGAAAAUCAGGAAAAACAGUAAUAUUGUGGGAAGGUAUUGAAAUGAAUGUUACUUUAGGGAGUGAUUUCGAAUUUUUGCAGGAUAUAGUUGCUUUGGAUUAUAAAAAUAAUAAAAAGGCAUGGUUAAUGGGUAGAACAAAACAGAAAUUUAUAGUAACACCAGAUAUAGAGAAAUUGCUAGAGUAAUUUGGAGAAUUUUUAUAUUAUCUAUUUUUUUAAAAAAAGCU